GCCCUCGCGCUGUAUAAAAGCGCCGCCGCCGCAGCGGACAGCAUGCACACCGACUGCAGCAUCUGCUACUGUUCGCACUACGCACUCGACUUACGCGCUGACAGGAUGAAGCUGGUAGCGGCUACUGUACUCCUGAUGGCGUCGGCGACGCUGGCAGCUCCGGCCACUCCGCGGUUUGACCACCGGCCUGUCCUGCCCAGCGUGUGCCAAACCAUGAAGCCUCUCCACGGCAACGCGGAGCCCAGCACAGACCCUUCGCCCUACACCAUCACGGCGGCGCCGACAUCUGUCAACGGUGGAGACAUCGUCAAAGUGCACAUAUCGGGCGUCGAUGAGUUCUUAGGCGUCUACCUGCAGGCUCGUCGAGGAGAGGAGCCGGUGGGCGAGUUCGUGCUGCCCAGCGGCGAAACUAAGGAAAUCGCCCUGACCGACUGCCCGCCCGGACACAAGAACGCCUACUCGUACAUCUCGUACACCACGCCACUUAGCACGCUGGAUAUCGACUGGAAGGCACCAAACGACGGCGGUGAAAUCGUUUUCACGGCCACAUUCGUGAAGAGCUACUCCGAAUUCUGGGUCGGUAUCACGUCACCGAAGAUCACCGUCACGAAACUCACCUCAACCGACAACGCUGUUGCCGCUUAACAACAGAAAACACGUCGUCCCAACAACGAACAUCUCCAGUAUAAAUUUCAUAACAUAACAAAAUCGUCGCACAAUCAUUUUCUCGUACUGUACUGCUAGAAAUUGUACAGUAAUCGCUUCUCGGAGGUGUCAGCUAGGUGAUAUCAGAGAAUCGUUUCAGCACGAGAGACUUGUUCAGCUUUUUGUAGCAAAUACGAGUGAGCUUCAGAAGAGACCAAGGGAACUUAGCUAGCUAAAGCGGCGCGCUUCCGUCACCAUCUUGUCCAUGACAUGGCACCCAGACUGCUCUGUACAUGGAUUUGCUGACUGCAUAAGAAUGAAUAUUGAAAUCUGCAUGAGAUUGAUCACCACAAAUUUUGUAUUAAAGACUUGAACUGAAAUAUAUUAUCUAUAUAAAAUAAAA